UAAAGACAGAAUAUAUGAAAUUUAAGUUUAGCAAUAUUAAAUGUAAUGCGAUAAUUGUUAAAAUAGGAGAUGAUAAGUUGCCCGAAUAUUUAGUAUCAUUUUUGUAAAACGAUUGAGGGAUUGAAAGAGAUGUCUUACAUAGAAUACAAGCAUACCUCUAAAACUCCACAAAACUGCAGUUAGACCUGUUAUGUUUUAUGGAGCUGAAUGUUGGGUUAUGACUCGAGUACAUGAGCAAAAGAUGAGAGUUGCAGAGAUGAGGAUAUUAAGGUGGAUAUUUGGACAUACGAGGUUGAACAAAAUAAGAAAUGAGAGUAUUCAAGAGGAAGUCGGAGUUGCAUCUAUUGAGGGGAAAAGUGACACGCUUAUGAUGGUUCGGGCAUGUACUUAGAUGACUAAUAAAUGUUCCAGUUUGGCAAUGUGAACCUAUGAUAAACACUCAUAACAAAUGAGGAUGAGGGGACCAAAAAAGACUUGCUUAGUAAUAAUAAAAUAAGAUAAAAUUUAUUUAAGUAUAAAUGAUGAUAUAGUAGGAGAUAGAGCUCAAUGGAAAAAGGAUCCAUAUAGCAAACUCCAUCUAGUGGGAUAAGACUUGGUGGUUGCUGCUGCUGCUUAGAAAAAGAAAUUGUCUACAGUGUUGAAAAUGAAACUCAAAUUCCCUUCUUUUUUCUUAUUUCCUGAUAUCAGUUUUUUUGUAACCUAUGCUAACAAAAUAUAUGCUACAUGGUACUCAGUUACAUGAGAUUGAUCUUGCAAAGAAUGAGAAGGAAAAUAGCUCCUUUUUCUUGGCCAUAUGAUACAACUUUGAAGAAAUUUGCUUGACUGUGACAUAAAGCUAUCAGCGCUUGGCUAAAUCUGCACUUAUGAUUUCAAGAAAAGAUUGGGAUUUCAUAAUAUCUAUAAAUAUUGACUGGCCCUUGUUUCUCUUCCUUUGGUCUUCUAACCUAAUGUCUGUUGAUGCAUAUUUAAUUUUAUCAAUAAUAUAGAAUUUUAGAAACCUGUAAAUCUUGUUAAUUUUAUUUUACCACUUCUAUCAAACCUAGUAAACUAAUUUGUAGGAGUCAAGGAUAAUAUAGAGUCUAUAAAGAGAUCCCCAACCAUUGUGUUCUUCAAGUUUUAAUAUAGAAACUGGUUUUCUUCAAAUCUCUUCUCUCUUGUGAGGUCGCCUAUGGAGGCACACAAACUCCCACGUGCAGUGUCACCUUCCUCAGUAUUAUGUGGGAUUUGGUUUUGUCACUGUAAAAUUGUGUAUUCGGUAUUGAUUAUGCUUAUUAACAGUGUCCUAUGAUGUCGUAUUUUGAUCUGUGAUGUUCUGAGCUAUUCAAAGUUAUGGUUCCUGAUAGUACUUUUCUCAAUCUUUCAUGUGUAAACAUUUUCUCACAGAACAAUAUUUUAGCAUAUAAAUAAGAUGACAUCACAUCUUCAUAUUUGAAUGAUUAAACAAUUUAUUCUUUUCUAUAGGAUAAUCAUGUGGAAGCUAAUGAUGAGCAGCCAAAAAAGACAACUGUUUUUUGUUCAUGUAGCAUAUGCAUGGGAUGCCGAGUUCUAUGCUAAAGUUAAUGACUCAUAAAUAUUUUGCUUUGGUUAAUUCAAGUCUUGGCUCUGGGAUCUUCACACUGCUUUUCUUGUGUGUUAAGAUUGAUGCUUGAAUAACAGUUCUAUGUUCCAUUGUAAUAAUAUCUUUAAACCAAGACAAGUAUGUUCAGCACUCAAGUGAUCCUCUUGGUGAAAAUUCUUUUAGCCUAUGACUACUUGGAGGGGAGGGAAUCAGAGGGGAGGGAGGUGGAGCGGGAGUCAAAGGGAGAAGACAGAAGGGAUUUCAAAACUUGAUCACUUGGUAUAUUGGGAGAGAAAGGAUACGUUACUUUCAAUCUCUUCUACUGAACACUUUGACAUGGAGGGUAAAAAGAAAUAAAUGUCUAAAAUACCUAUCUGUAAAUUUAAAUCCCUUCCACUUAUUACUUGGACGGAAAGAAGGAGCUCCAAUAUGCUUCCCAUGUGUUCCCUCUUAUAUGAUAAAAUCUUUCUCUUCUCUUGCAUUCAAUUUUUCUUCCUCAUUCUAACUGGAGAUAUCUUAGCGCCAUAUGUCACCAUUUAUCCUAUUAUUAACCAUAAUGAAUAGGGUGUAUGAGUGCUUCCACCACUCAUAUAUUUCAGUUAUAGAACAUUAUCUUCAUGGAUCAUAGACACAAACACCAAGAUAUAGGACUAUAUCACCAGUCAAUAUCUUCUUAAACUAUUGCAAAUAACUAGAAUCAAGUAUUUCUUAAUAUGAACAAGUGUUUGAAAUAACAAAUGUUUGAUAGCAACAAUGUAUUGAUAACAACCUAUGUGGCUAUGUUUGAAAUACAAGUCCAGUCAAAGCAACAACAUCAUCUUGAUAUAUGGUAGUCUCUUCUCAACUCACCAUAACAUGAAACUCUUCAAUUUAUCUUUACUAUGGCUCAGAUAGUAUUGUUGGAAGUAGAUUUGUUUUCAGGGACUCCAACCUUGUUUAUCUCCUUCUCAACAAUCUCAUUAUAGCGUGCAAGUGCAAUGGCACAAAUACUAAUUUCCUCCCUAAGGUCAUUGAUCUUCUUGCUAAGACUCACAGGUUGAUACCACCAGCUUUUUAAAAAAUUUCCACUCUCAAUGCCCCUCGACCGACUAUAUUUUUCAACUUGUCAUUCAUUUUAUUGUAACCAACAAAAACAUCUACUUCAUCAUCUACUCUCAAUGCUCUCAACCCAUGCUUUUGCAUUUCCUCUGUCCUUUUUCUUUCUGUGCUAGCACCCUCACCAGUUUCUCUAUCCUGAGAAAGAUAAACUCCCUAACCUGUCAAAAUUGUUUUUGUGUGUGUGUUUUUUCUAACUUCUCCAUUAACCUGUAUCCUUGUGUGAUAAUAAUUUAUUUGAUUAGUGAUUGUCUGGUGCUUUUCUUAGAUGCUUUGGGCACAAUGCUUGCAACUCACUUGGACAAACAUCGUGCAUACAUUGGGUGUAUGAAAUCUGGCGAAGUUUUCUCUGACAAGAAUCAAAUGUGGUUUGAACCAGAGUGGUGGAAGUUUGGUGAUGGAAAAUUGUAUUUCCAGCACGCUUCUGGAGAAAUGUUUGUGGUUUCUAGAGCUCUAGCACAGUUUGUUUCUAUUAACAGGAGCUGUAUGUGCUGCUCUAUGAAAAGUGCACAAUAAGAAACGUUGGCAUGGUGGAUUUUGUCCAAUCCUCUUCGAUCGUAUGACAACAUGGAGCAUGGACUCAAUUUAGGAGUAAAUUGCUGAGAACAUCGCAGAUGCCAUGUCAGAAUUGUGUGGGAAAGAAGAGCUGCAGCACAAGUGUUCUAAGAGUUGGCUUUUCCGCAGAAGAAACAAAGUUAAUUUCCUUAGGCUGAGAGCUUUGUGUUGAUCUGUAAAGUACAUUAUUCACACUUCUUUCAGAUGCUAUAUGUAAUCUUUAAUUAACUGCAAUUUAAUUGUUCUUGGAGAAAAUGUUCUGUUGUUAUGAUGAAGUUCAAUUGACUUUGAU